GGCCCCGGUGACGCCACUUCCGGCGGCGCGCCUGCCCGGCCCCAAGAUGGCGGACGAGGCCACCCGGCGGCUGGUGUCCGAGAUCCCGGUGCUGAGGACCAACGCGGGCCCGCGGGACCGCGAGCUGUGGGUGCAGCGGCUCAAGGAGGAGUACCAGUCCCUCAUCCGGUACGUGGAGAAUAACAAGAACGCGGACAACGAUUGGUUCCGACUGGAGUCCAACAAGGAAGGGACGAGGUGGUUUGGAAAAUGCUGGUACAUCCACGACCUCCUCAAGUAUGAGUUCGACAUCGAGUUUGACAUCCCCAUCACCUACCCCACCACGGCCCCUGAAGUCGCCAUCCCGGAGCUGGAUGGGAAAACAGCCAAGAUGUACAGGGGCGGCAAGAUCUGCCUGACGGAUCACUUCAAACCUCUGUGGGCCAGGAACGUGCCCAAAUUCGGACUGGCUCACCUCAUGGCUCUGGGGCUGGGCCCAUGGCUGGCCGUGGAAAUCCCGGAUCUGAUUCAGAAAGGCGUCGUUCAGCACAAGGAGAAAAGCAGCCAGUGACCGGCGGAUGGAGCCCCAGAGGCAGGAAUGACCCAGGCCAAGCAUGUGAAGCUGGAGCCGCAGUGGGCCUGGCCGGGAAGGACACGAAAUGCCUGGAUGCAGGCUUCUGAAUGUCUAAAUGAGCGCUCGCCGGCGGGGGGCCCCUAACCCUGGCUUUGCUUCUGGAUCUUGGAGGCGGCUGAUGGGAAGCCGGUCGGAAAGCCUGAUGGUUUCCGGAGGUGAACAGCAAUUAAAAAAAAAAAAA